CGCACCAGUCGCACUGUGUAACAUUAAUUUAUUCAAGCAGCCCUAAAAUCUCGCGGUGUUACCAUUCAGACAUCUUGCAUUUUAUUAAGUCUGGUCCAGGGAAAAAUCUCCAUAAACAUACAUUGUUAUGCGUGUGUGCAUGUGUGUGUUUUCCACACAGAAACGGGAUUUCGCUGUGUUUUUGAAUCCUGCUCGUUUUUUCACAGUGCGUUAGCGGAUGUGAGGCGGUAGGACCGAGCCUCGCGUGCCAAUCCCGCGGACUUUAGACGCUCUCACACGGGGGCUCUCCACCAGUAUUGUGCGUCAUCUCCAUCGCUGCCGUUCUGAUAUUUUCUUCCUCCGGAGAGGCAACAUGGCAACUCCCGCCGCGGUCAACCCGUCCGAGAUGGGCAGUGAGUUGCCAGGGACAGUAGGGAUGCCCGGAGCAGUUGGUGCAGGCCAGGUUAGGGUGGGAGGUGCUGUGCCAGGUCGCGGGGGCAAGAGGAGAUCAGGAGGAAUGGACUUUGAUGAUGAAGAUGGAGAGGGACCUAGCAAAUUUUCAAGAGAGAACCACAGUGAGAUUGAGCGACGCAGACGCAACAAAAUGACUCAGUACAUCACAGAGUUGUCGGACAUGGUCCCUACCUGCAGCGCCUUAGCCCGGAAACCUGACAAGCUUACCAUCCUGCGUAUGGCUGUCUCCCACAUGAAAUCCAUGAGGGGCACUGGAAACACAUCCACUGAUGGGGCCUAUAAGCCCUCCUUUCUAACUGAACAGGAACUAAAACAUCUGAUCCUGGAGGCGGCGGACGGAUUCCUGUUUGUUGUCGCAGCAGAGACGGGCCGAGUCAUCUAUGUGUCUGACUCAGUGGUGCCGGUGCUGAACCACCCCGUAUCCGAAUGGUUUGGCAGCACUCUGUAUGAGCAGGUCCACCCCGACGAUGUUGACAAGCUGAGGGAACAACUGAGCACCACAGAGAACUCCAUGACAGGACGGAUUCUGGACCUGAAGACAGGAACAGUGAAGAAGGAGGGACAGCAAUCCUCCAUGAGGAUGUGCAUGGGAUCCCGACGCUCCUUCAUCUGCCGCAUGAGGUGCGGCAGUGCUCCUCUGGAUCACAUCUCCCUAAACCGUCUGUCGAACAUGAGAAAGAGAUACAGGAAUGGCCUUGGACCGUCUAAAGAAGGAGAAGCUCAGUACUCUGUGGUGCAUUGCACUGGCUACAUCAAAGCCUGGCCCCCUGCAGGUAUGACUAUACCAGAAGAAGAUACAGAGGCAGGUCAGACCGGGAAGUACUGCCUAGUGGCCAUUGGAAGACUGCAGGUGACCAGUUCUCCAGUCUCCAUGGAUAUGAAUGGCCUGUCGGUGCCCACAGAGUUCCUGUCACGUCACAACUCAGAUGGCGUCAUCACUUUCGUUGACCCGCGCUGUAUCAACGUCAUUGGUUAUCAGCCUCAGGACCUGUUGGGAAAAGAUAUUCUGGAGUUCUGUCAUCCUGAGGAUCAGAGUCAUCUGAGAGAAAGUUUCCAACAGGUGGUGAAGUUGAAGGGACAAGUUCUGUCAGUGAUGUAUCGUUUCCGAAUGAAGAACAGAGAGUGGAUGUUGAUCCGAACAAGCAGUUUCACCUUCCAGAACCCAUACUCUGAUGAGAUAGAGUACAUCAUCUGCACCAACACCAACGUCAAGCAGCUACAGCAGCAGCAGCAGGCAGAGCUGGAAGUUCACCAGAGAGAUGGACUAACUGCCUACGAUCUGUCCCAGGCUCCUGUGGCCAGCGUCAGCAGUGGAGUCCAUGAGGCAGGCAAGAACAUCGACAAGACGGAGGCUCUGUUCUCCCAGGAGAGAGACCCACGCUUUGCUGAGAUGUACACCGGCAUCUCUGGCUCGGGAGAUAAGAAAAUGAUGGUUCCCUCCUCCACAGCUGGAGGACAGCAGCUCUACUCCCAGGGCUCGCCUUUCCAGCAAGGACACUCUGGCAAAAGCUUCAGUUCAUCUGUGAUCCACGUCCCUGGUGUGAAUGAUAUCCAGCCAUCAGGUUCAUCCAAUCAGAAUCUGGCUCAGAUAUCUAGGCAGCUCAAUCCAGGCCAGGUUGCAUGGUCCGGCAACAGACCCCCCUUCUCGGGACAGUCCAGUAAAGCCCAGUCCAGUCCAUUUGGCAUUGGUUCUGGCCACAGCUACCAGACCGACCCGGCCUCCUACAGUCCUCUGUCAUCACCAGCCACUUCCUCUCCUAGUGGCAACGCUUACUCAGGACUGACAAACCGCAGCACAGCAUUUGAUGUGUCGGGGGAAAGCAGUCAGAGUGGAGCCCAGUUCCAGGGUCGUCCGAGCGAGGUCUGGUCCCAGUGGCAGAACCAGCAUCACUCCCAGCAGCCGGGGGAACAGCACACACACCCCAACCCCAGCCAGACAGAAGUCUUCCAGGACAUGUUACCGAUGGCUGGAGAUCCCACUCAGGGAACAGCCAACUACAACAUUGAGGACUUUGCUGACCUCGGCAUGUUCCCACCCUUCUCUGAGUAACCAGUCCCCCUUCUCUCUGUUUCUCUCUCUCUUUCUAUCACUCCCCCUCUCAGAACUAGACUAAGUUUGCAUUCAUCGCUCAUGUUCUGUCUCGUUUUUUCUACCACCAUCGGUCAAAGGUUCAGCAACGCUCCCAUUUUUUCAGUUUUUAUGAAAUUUCAUCAAUUCAAGUCCAGUGAAGAAGCUUCAGUUGAACAAAGGUCUGCAACAAACGGGCCAAGAUUAAUUAAAAAGAAAGUUUAGGUCACCCAACAGUGUGGAUUUCAUAGAAAAUAGACAUUUUCCUGCAGCAGUGGGGAAAAAACCAAGGCUUUAAAUUUGAUACAAACAGUUUGUACAGAUGUUGGUGACUUACAAACCAGUGUGUGUGAAGUCUGUAACUGCAGCCUCUGGUACAUAGAAAAGACAACGCUGAUCUAGGAGGUAGGUCUGCAUAUUUCUAUCAGAAUGGAUAGAAAAAGAAAAGGAAAACAAAUGAAGAUGGACUUAGCUUUAUCCUACAACAUCAUAAUGACAUUAAAUAUUGAAUUAUUAUUAUUAUUGAUAAGAACAGAAGCAGACAGAUGCUUCACAUGAUGAAGAGCAGCACCGUCUCCAGGCCAUGGAGCUGAAGGGGACAGAGGAUGAAACUAAAACUAAAACGUUAGUGGUGAAACUGUGUAGCUUUCUGAACAAUGUUUCAUCUCCAUUGCAGAAAAAACAUCAUGAGUGUGUUCAUCUGCAGGAGAUUAUAUUUAAUUAAAAAACAUUCCCAUGAUCUAUCCAGUAAAAAAAAAAAAAAAACAUUGUUUUUGUUCUAUGCUUUAAUUUAAAAAAAUGGAGGUGUUGUAAAACAUUUGACCCGCAGUGUGUCUAACUGGGUCAUACACACACAGCUGAUGUGCAACACAGUGAAUGUCUGGGUGCACUUGUCAUUUCACACACACAGCCCACAGCGUUUGCCCCUCCCUGAGGCCUACAGUAUGUAUCUGGGAAAAUAGACAUACCUCAUCGUUGUUAGGAGGAGCACUGCGGUCAGAUGGAAGGAACACGAGUGAGCAUCAGUCUAUCAGCUGUUCGUCUGUCGUCACAAGGAUGGACAUUGUCAUUAGCCUUUCUAACAAGCAGUUGAACUCUGUAGCUCUCGGCAGUCAGCACCACAACCAGAGGAGGACAGUCAACAGGUUACAGCUGGAUGUGUCAGACACUGGUGGAGUGGUCCUUUAGAUCCGUGAGAGGUUUCGCCGACAUAAACAUCUGAGAGAAAUGUUGUCCCCCAGACAUCAUUUCUCUCAUAUGUUUAUGUCGGCUCCACGCAGGUGACCACUAUAUAUGACUGUGCAGACAACAUAUUUUCCAGAUGGAAUAAUGAUAUCUGAGGAAAAAACUCAACAGAAUAUGUAAAGUUUUUGAUGCUCUGUCAUGUAGAAAUACACAGGGUGACUAUUUAAUAAAGUAAUGUUGCGCCCGAGCUGCUGCAUUAUAUUGACUUUCAAUGUGAAGCAGAAAAUUGUUGCAAUGGUUUCUGGUCAAAUGAAAUAUCUGCAAUAAAUCUGGCCUGAUAAUUAUUUUUGGUUUAAUAUUUCACUCGUGCAGCUGACAGGUAACAGCAUCCACAUGUCAAUGAAGUGUAAAUAGGCUUAAGUUACACCAUGUUGAUUCAUCAUUACUUAUCUAAGCAGGAAUUUAGAUCUGUGCUUUUCAGUGAAGUUUCUCAAAUGUUUGAGAGUUGUUGCUCAACUGGGAUUGAGAGCAUUACCGCCUGUUUUAAGCUGUUUACACGUCCAGUGUCAGCCCAGACAGGGUGUCAUUUACCUCAUACUACAAUAGGACCCAUACACUAGUAGGAGACCAGUUACCCCCUGGUAAAACCUGCAGUGACUGUAGAGAGCAUCAGUGGACAAUAGGGAUGUCAAUGACGAGAAGUAAAAUGUCAGAGAGCUGAAGACAUUUUCACCUCCAUCUGCCUGGUGCCGCCUCUCACGCACCAUCACUGACUCUGCCAAACAGCAGCAGGUGAGAAGAUGCUGCUGCACUCCACCUUCUGCUAACCUCACUCUCUCCGUCAACCUUAUGAUGUAAACUAUAUGUAAUGAUGUCCAGAUGCGAACACCGAAGGAUUCUAUGUAUACAUGAAACAAAAAAUGAAUAAAAUAAACUCAUUGCAGACAGUUAUUAAGCAAAUGCUUAAAGUGCACUUCAUGAAGCUAACUGCUAAUCUCACCAGCCUGCUUUAUAAGGGAAAAACCGCCAUACCGUCCAAGCAAAUCGCAGUAUUUACUUGUGUAUUUGGUGUUCUUCAGCUCUCGCUACUUGACUUAAUUACUUUAUAAUCUUUUCAACUAUUAAGAAACUGAAUAAUACUUUCUAGCAGGGGAGCUUUUACAUGAUAUAUUGUAUAAUGUCCCUGACAGACGGAUGGAGAAGCGCGAACAGACGUCGAAUCAUUUUGCUAAAGAUCUCAAAUUGAUGUUUUCUUUUUGUAAAUAAUGUGAUUUUUAUGUCGACUCGUGUUACUUUCACACAGUACAUGUUCUUUUGUGUAGGUUUUAAUGAUAUUGUGUGCAAUGUGACUACAUAUUUAACUAUUGGUAUUUAGUUAGUCUGUUCAUUGUACAUUGAGUUCUAGACCUGUACAAAUGGUGUAAAUGUGACCCAUUAUUUUUGUGUAACAAAUUGUGAUUGUGACAAUAAAUUCUUAUUGGUUA